AACCAGAACGUCCUUCUCCCCAGAAGACGCCCAAGUCGUUCGACCCGAUCCCCAAAUCCGUACGCAUCUCAUUCUCAUGGCGGCGAGCCUGUGGCGAGCGGUGAUGGGCAGCGGCGCCCCGUCGGCGCAAGCGGACCCCACGGACGGCGUCGACUUCUGGCGCGCCCCCGAGCGCGGGGGCUGGCUGGACAAGCAGGGCGAGUACAUCAAGACGUGGCGGCGGCGGUGGUUCGUGCUCAAGCAGGGGAAGCUCUUCUGGUUCAAGGACUCCACCGUCACGCGCGCGUCGGUGCCCCGCGGCGUCAUCCCCGUCGCCACCUGCCUCACCGUCAAGGGCGCCGAGGACGUGCUCAACCGCAAGUUCGCCUUCGAGCUCUCCACCCCGCGCGAGACCAUGUACUUCGUCGCAGACUCCGACAAGGAGAAGGAGGAGUGGAUCAACUCCAUCGGCCGCUCCAUCGUCCAGCACUCCCGAUCCGUCACCGACGACGAGAUCGUCGACUACGACAGCGGCCAGCCCACAACCGGCGACAGAUCAUAGAUUCGUCGAUCCAUCGGACACGGCCGGUGACCCUGUAACUUAUCUUUCUACUCCUACUUAUUUAGGAAUUUGAUUCUUGUUUUCUGCGGAUAUCACGUGUGCAUUAGUGAUGGCUAUCGGUGAUUUAGGUGUACAGCCUUGUACUCUUUCAUGCUACGGAUCGGUUUGCUUCAUGUAACUUUUUUCAAGUAUUGUUCAAUCUGUUUGGUCAA